AUGAAGUUUGCGGAACUGCACCAUAAUGCUCAACGAUACGGCUGGGGCGCUUCUCCUUUCUUGCCCAAAACGGACGUCGAGUACGAACAACUUAUCCAAGAGCUUCGCAACCGCCAAAAGCGCCACCAAGAAGCAAAGAGAUGGCAGGCUGUUGUGAUGCAACAGGAGGCGGACACAGAACAGCAAGGUGCAUUGACUGUGCAAGGGCGGGCAUCACAGCCCAUCCUGCCCAAGCCCGCUAGGCAGUUUCACGGUGGCAGAGACGUUCUCGAAGGACAGGCACGUCUCGGUGCAGCCUCGACCAUGCAGCCUAGUUUCCAACCAACCGAUGGAUCAACGACAGUGCUCGGGGUGCACACAACAUUCUCCGACAAGCUUGUGCCAUACAAACCAGACACGGGUCCGUUCUAUUCCGAGUGGCACUUUGCACCGUGGCCCGCCACAGAUGAGUUUUGUCGUGCUGGUCGAGUCAGUCCUUACAGGCUUCCAUGGCCGCAUGGACCGGUACCGUCUGGCAUCACGAGUCUGCGCGGAGGAAACCAAGGCAACGGCGGUCAGUACUACGAACCAGAAACAUGCAUCCAAAACCGAUGGGACUGGAUCCCACCUCGUGAGAUUGUCGGUCUCGUCAACGAGCCAUCAGUCGAGAUUGAUGUUGCCGACGUCAACGGCCAGCUGCAAAACCUAAUCGCCAACAUCGACAAGUCGCUGGUGUAA